AUGGCAACUUGAUCAAAUUUUAAUUUACAAAAUGGAGCUUCCCCUCUUAUAGAACAAAUAAUUUUUUUUCAUGAUCAUACUUUAGUUAUUUUAUUAAUAAUUACUAUUUUAGUAAUAUAUUUAAUAAUAAAUUUAUUUUUUAAUAAAUUUAUUAAUCGAUUUUUAUUAGAAGGGCAAAUAAUUGAACUUAUUUGAACUAUUUUACCGGCUAUUACUUUAAUCUUUAUUGCAUUACCAUCUCUUCGAUUAUUAUACUUACUUGAUGAAUUAAAUAAUCCUUUAAUUACUUUAAAAUCCAUUGGACAUCAAUGAUAUUGAAGUUAUGAAUAUUCUGAUUUCAAAAAUAUUGAAUUUGAUUCUUAUAUAAUUAACGAAAUAGACAACCCAAACAAUUUUCGAUUAUUAGAUGUAGAUAAUCGAAUUAUUCUUCCAAUAAACAACCAAAUUCGAAUUUUAGUUACAGCAACAGAUGUAAUCCAUUCUUGAACUAUUCCUUCUCUAGGAGUAAAAGUUGAUGCUAACCCAGGUCGUUUAAAUCAAACUAAUUUCUUUAUUAAUCGUCCUGGAAUUUUUUUUGGUCAAUGUUCAGAAAUUUGUGGAGCAAAUCAUAGAUUUAUACCUAUUGUAAUUGAAAGAAUUUCUAUAAAUAACUUCAUUAACUGAAUUAAUAACUAUUCAU